AUGACGAGUUAUGAAGUGUCUGUUCAACAGCUCAAUGAUCUGCUGACCGAUGAAAAUGGAGACUUCUGCAUGCCUUCUAAACCUUUUCAUGAAGUCUAUCCUGGGAUACUGCUAGGAAAUGAGUCUGCAGCCACAAAUGUGACCCGUUUGCUGGAACUAGGAGUGACACACAUCCUCAACGCUGCUGAAGGCCAAUCAGACAUGCAUGUGAACACAGAUGCAGAGUACUAUGCAGAUACAGGGAUCAUCUAUCAUGGGAUACCAGCCUUCGACACUGACCAUUUUGACCUCAGCAUAUAUUUUGAAGAAGCUUCUGAUUUUAUUCAAAGAGCUUUGGAAAUGAAAGGGAAAGUGUAUGUCCACUGUCAAAAAGGCUACAGUCGUUCAGCUGCUCUGGUCAUCGCUCAUCUGAUGUUGCAGCACAACAUGGACGUGCGAGCUGCAGUGGCCACAGUCAGAGAGAAACGAGAAAUCGGGCCCAAUGAUGGAUUCCUGCGCCAGCUCUGCCAGCUCAACGACAGGCUGUAUGAUUAA